AUGGUACCAAAGAAGAUCCGUAACCAUUUUGUGGCAAUGGCAGGAGAGUUUGUCGGAACAUUCAUGUUUCUCUUCUUUGCCUUCGCUGGCACCCAAGUUGCGAACACACCUGCGACGAACGCCGGAAGCCAGUCAACCGAGCUACCUCAAGGCCCGAACCCGGCGCAGCUAUUAUAUAUCUCGUUGUCUUUCGGCUUCUCUUUGGCCGUGAACGCAUGGGUUUUCUACCGAGUAAGCGGUGGGCUAUUCAAUCCUGCUGUAACACUGGGUCUUUGCCUGAUUGGCGGAGUCCCCUGGUCAAGAGGAGGACUCGCGGUCAUUGCGCAAAUGUUGGGAGCUAUGGCCUCUGCCGGUGUGGUCAAGGGUCUAUUCCCUGGUCCUCUUGCGGUCACCACUUCACUCAGCGCCAGCACGAGCUUGGCCCAGGGACUCUUUAUCGAAAUGUUCCUUACCGCCAACCUCAUUUUCACCAUUUUCAUGCUGGCUGCGGAGAAGCACAAGGGAACAUAUCUUGCACCCGUCGGCAUCGGUCUCUCCCUCUUCAUUUCCGAGCUCGCCGGUGUGUACUACACUGGCGGAUCCCUGAAUCCAGCUCGAUCUUUUGGGCCUUGUGUUGCCAAUGCCAGUUUUCCGAGUGAACACUGGAUUUACUGGCUCGGGCCCGUACUUGGUGCGCUGAUCGCCUCCGGCUUUUACUGGUUCAUCAAGGCCCUUGAAUACGAAGGUGCCAAUCCAGGGCAAGAUUUCGACGAUCUCGAAGCCAGUGCCUUCAAUCCCGACGAGGAUCUUUCCAGGCCUGUUGUGAGCCCGAAUGCGCCACCGCCUGAGAGGCCGGUGAGCAGAGACCUCACUGUGACAGAUUCAAGGGAAGGCAGAAGCAGCUCCCAAAACUUCACAGGCCAACAGCCCCCGAACAGAUCGAGUCAGGACCGUGCCAGUCGGCAGCAGACAAGUCGUCGGAGUCAGGACUAUAUUAUCCGGCACCAGCCCACUCUAUCGAGCCAGGACUACAACAAGCCGAGAGUCGAUGUUGACCUGCCUGGGCCCCAGAUGGCCAACCCAGCCAUGGGUCCGUCAGCCUACAACAAUUCACCUCGAAAAUAUUGA